GGGUCUAAGACAAGCACAAACACCGUUCCCACUCACAGUGAAGGAGCAAGGAGGUGGCAUGAUGUCGUCAGACAGGGAUAAAAGGGCUGUGUUUGGUAAAGGAAUCGCGUUCGACCCCUGCCAGCUUCGAGACCCUUGGGAGAACAGAGCCCAGAAGAUCAGUGAGAAGGGACAGCAGGAGAAGGAGGGGCAGGAAAAUAGAGACCUGAAUCGGCUUAUUAAAGAGCGGCACAUUCGACUGAUGGCAUUGGAGAAGAAAGGAAAGGGCAGAAAUAUGGUGUAUUGUCCUCUACUGAAACGGUUUAAGCUUGAUCCUCCACUAGACGCAGCCCCGCCCCCACCUCCACCCCCACCCACUCCCAAGAAAUCACCACGACGGGUGAAGAUAGAGAUCCCCAAGCCAGUGGAGAAGAAGCCCACCCCACCUAAACCAUCACCUCCUCCUCUGCCCAAAGUCAUUCUCUCAUACAAAGACUUACAAAGACGAUCUGAGGGAAAAUGGUGGAGGGGGAUUAGGGAUAGAGAACUACCGAAUGGUCCAAGUGAAUGGUCAAAGCCCUUUAAGUGUCGACCACUGCAGUUCAGUAGAAUCCUUUACGACCAAACAAUGUCCUGGCAGCGGGGAUGGCCAACGUUCAGCCGGGAAAAAAGCAACAAACUACUGAAAGUUAAACCUUUGGAUGACAAAGUUGACCUUAAAGAGUGGAAGGAUUCUUGGAAGAUGUCCAGGCCUUUACCCAAGCAGCACACAGAAAACAGGGGCAUUACAGAAAAAGUAAAGGCUUUCAGAGAGUGGCAGAAUCGCUUGGCAAUCAGCAGAAAUAGAACAUCUACGGCAGUGGAGAAGAAAGGAAAGAGCAGGGACAUGUCUAACUUCAGGUCUAAAGUGGCACCUCCAUCAACUAUACAGAAAUCUGAGCCACCAACUCAUAAGAAAAAACAUGAACCACUCCUUCAGCUGAGGAAGGAGAGCUCUGAGGAAAAUAAGCCCUCCGCACCCAAGAGCGCAAAGCCCCCAGCCCCACAACCCAAGGAGAAGAAGCUGCUUGCCAUAAAACCGUCACCUCCUCAGGAUGACACAGUAAAUCUUCCAUGGUGGAAGAAAGUUUGUAGGACGUCCAAGCCUUCACUCAAGCAGCACACAGAGAAUCAGAUGAUUGCAGAAACUGUUAAGACAGGGACGGGCGAUGACAUGUCUGACUCCAGAAAAAUUGUGAUGAGCCUUGAUAAUGAUGCUGACAUUGAAGCAGCACAUUUGGAGACCAGGUUUGGAGACCAGGUUUGGAGGCCAAGUUUGGAGGCCAGGUUUGGAGUCCAUGCUAAGGUGGUACCUCCACCCACACCACCCACAAAGACACAUGAACCACCCAAGAAAUCGCAAUUUGAUGCCCCCCAAAAAACUCAGGCUUCAUCGGACAUACUUGAUGUCAAUAAAUGGUCAGAAGCCUGGAGGACUCAACCACUGUUGUUGAACAUUAAAGAACAAGUAUCUCUGGAGGCUUGGGAGCAGGAAUGGUCAGAGUUCACAGAGGAACAAAGUGAUAAACGACUGAAUACUAAGCCUUUGGAUGACAAUGUAAAUCUUACAGAAUGGGGGGAUGCUUGGAAGACGCCCAAACCUUUAGCCAAGCAGCACACUGCAGACUUGACGGUUACAGAGACAGUAAAGCCCAAAGCCUUGACAGGUUGGAGAGAGGCAAGGAGGCUCUCUGGUGACAAUGUUCAAAAUAAUCCUCCAAGUCUGAAGGAUUGGCGUGACUCGUGGAGUUUCUGCCAAGAACAUCGCUGGUGGAAGGUUUCUAUGGACUCCCAGAUGUCAAAACAACUUUUUUCCCAUCUAAGGAAAAGGGGCGGAGGGCUUUUUUUGUUUUGUUUUUUGUUUUUGUUUCUUUGUUUUCUUGGACACAAUACGGACUGGGGACAAUAGGACUUAAUUACCAUGACAGCCAUGAAGCAAGCAAACAUUGCAAACAAAUAAACAACACAACACAUUUAGGUUAAGACAUGAAAACGAUGACAACCAUGCAUUAUAACCUAAUUAACUUAAAGUAACUUUUUAAAGACCAAACUCAAAGAAAACUGUUAACAGUAUGUGAUGGGACAUGCGAGGAAAGGAAAGGAGAGGAAAGUAAAGGGAAGGAAAAUAAGGCUGGUAAAAAGCAAGAUGUUAUGGCAAGGAUUUUGUAAAGUGUAUGUAUGCAGAUGGGAUUAGGCUGGGGGAGAUUGUGGGCUGAGGGCCCUUGGGUAAUGUUUUUGUCAGCAAAUAAACUUUAGAAAAGAUGGUGGAUAAAUGAAGAAGUCUUAUUCAGGCCGUUUACCAUUGAAGAAAAUGGUCACAGUUCCGGUCUAAUUAUUAAGGAGUGGCUCUCGGGUCUGGUAAAAUUAGUCAAUUGACUGUACUGUACAUGAACCAGAAAAAAUGAAGGAGUGAGAUGUUUCGCUUCCUCCUCUGUCUCUGACUGUAGGCAGUUCCUACUCCCAUCAUGACCCAAACUGACAGAGCUGCACUAGUUGACUUCAAGAAACCUGAAGAAGCUUCCUUUUCAGAUAUGUAGUGUUUGAUAUUAGCAAAUGUGGGACACCUUUUCAUUUUAAGUGGGCAAGGAUGUGACAGGGUGUAGCUGAUAUUGUUGAGUUAAUUAACAUAGUCAUGUUACAUGCCUCCUAUUGGUCUGUUCGAACUGAUUCUUUGUGUUUUGUCUUAAUUGAUUGCAGGUGUGACUGCGGAGCAUGCGUCUCCUCCUGUUAUCUUAAAAUGGCUGCAUUUCCUGCCAACCAGGAAGAGGAAAAAAGAGCCGCUGCUACCUCCAAGUCCCCAGACUAGCUCUAGCCUAUGGACUGAACUCCCAAUCACAGUUGAAAAUAAUUAUAUCUAGGCUCUGUGUUUAUUGUGAAAUUCUGAGUACAUCUUGUCGGAUCAGUGUCUGUGAGGACUUGGAGACAGUCAGCAAAGGUAAUUCUUGUUUUUUUUGUGUGUUUGUGGGCUUGGCUAUUCCAUGCAUGUAGCACUUUAAAGUCUUUCAGACAUUUUUGAGAGUGAUGAAUGCAUUUUUUGUUACACUUAAUACAGUUUGCUGUGCGUGCACUAUAGAUGGGUUAGCUGAUAACGUCACAAAUGAUUCGUAUGUUUCAAUGGUGAUUUCUGGAUGGCCAGACAGCUUCCAACAAUGACAAACUGCCUGUGGGGAAUCGUAAGUGACUAGUUUCAUAUUGUUCUUGAUAUGUGUCUUGUUAAGGUGUUUUGACUGAUUUCAUGUCAAUGCUAAUAUGGCAAAUUUGCUGGCUAGCAAACCAACAAUAGCAAUGUAUAUGAGACAAGUGCUCAUUGUGUAACUGUAUGUUUUCAAUAAACAUUGACAACAUGUCAAUUAUAUUUAUUCAAUCUAUGCCAACUGUUUGUUUUGCUCCAUAGUGCUUGUUGCGAAACAACCAACCUGUCUAGUUGCUGUGCUUUGAGACUUUUACUAGCCUUAAUUGAAUAUUGCAUUUAAACACUGAAGUCUUACAUGAAUUCCCUGUUGUACUAGACACACAACUGUAACCUUGAAAUAACUAAAUAUUGCUUGUAAUAACAUUAAAGAGGGGCUGAACUUGUCGACUCCA